AUGUCUCGUCCAGGUGGACUCUCUGAGGUUUUCGAAGCAGAUGGAAAGGUCGAGUUUAUCUGUGACUUGAUGAGGACCGAGGUUGAAGCAAGGACAGGGAAGAAGUACGACAUGUUCAAAGCCGAGAUGUACAAGACGCAUGUUGUGGUCGGGACCAACUACUUCAUUAAGGUCUAUGUGGGAGGAGAUGAUCAUGUUCAUCUCAGCGUCUACCAAAAACUGCCAUGUAAUGGAGGAACCCUUGAGCUGACUGAGAUUCAGCAAGGCAAAAGCCACCACGACCCCAUUGAGAUGAAAAUGAAAAGGGAGAUGAAGCACGAGGUUGAAGCAAGGACAGGGAAGAUCUACCCCAUCUUCAAAGCCAAGUUGUACAGGACGCAGGUUGUGGCCGGGAUCAACUACUUGAUUAAGGUAGAAGAAGAAGAACAAGUCCGAGACGAUGAGAUAGACACACCAUAG